UUAAUCAAUAGUUUUCUUCUUUCUCUCAAUAAUUAAGUAAUAAAUUCUUUUAUAUAUUAAAAUCAUUGGUCUUUCAUUUGCUGUCUUAUAGACCUUCUUUCUUCUUUCUCUUUCAUUUCCUCUGCUCUGUUCUGUUCUGUUCUUUCUUCUUCUUCUUCUUAAUCACUUCCUCCUCCAGACACCCUAUCUCUCAAUAAUUUUUCAGUUCUCAUUUCUGUAUUUAUUAUUUCAGUUUCAGAAGAAGGAGGGGAAGAAAUUAAGGAAAAAAACGGAUUUUUCAUUUAUUUUAUUAACUUAACAGUCAACUGUAUUUUGGGGGGUCAGAGAAGAAGAAGAAGAAGAAGAGAUCUGAUAUUUGAUUUUCUGAAAGUUGGGUUCUUUUUGUAAACCCUAGUUUAGUCUGUUUGAUUCUGAAAGGUUACUUGAAGAAACCUAAAAGGAUCUAGAAUCAAAAAUCAGAAGAUGAAUAAAACGAAGACGAAGAUUAUAUCUGAAAUGUCACCGAAGAACAGUAUGGAUGAUAUUUCAAUUGCAGCGGAAUCAGAAUGGGAGCUUAGACCAGGAGGAAUGUUGGUUCAGAAACGUAAUCCUGAUUCAGAUCGAGCUGUUGUUCCACCACCAACUAUAAGAGUUAGGGUUAAGCAUAAUUCAAUCUAUCAUGAAAUCUAUAUCAAUUCACAAGCCAGUUUUGGGGAAUUGAAGAAAAUGCUGUCGGCACCAACUGGAUUACACCCAGAUGAUCAGAAACUGUUGUUUAAAGAUAAAGAAAGGGAUUCUAAAGCUUAUUUAGAUGUCGUCGGAGUAAAAGAUAGAUCAAAGAUUGUUGUGAUGGAAGAUCCUAUGAGACAAGAAAGAAGAUUUCUUGAAAUGAGAAAAAAUGCUAAAUUUGAAAAGGCAGCAAAAUCUGUUUCUGAAAUCACUCUAGAAGUUGAUAAACUUGCUACAAAGGUUGCAGCAUUGGAUUCUGCAAUCUCUAAAGGAGUAAAAGUUGCUGAUACUGAAGUAUUGAAUUUGAUUGAAUUGUUGAUGACACAAUUGAUUAAACUGGAUGGGAUUAUUGCUGAUGGUGAUAUCAAAAUACAAAGAAGAUUGCAGGUUAAGCGAGUUCAGAAGUAUGUCGAGACAUUAGACCUGUUAAAGAUAAAAAAUGCUGAGCCACGCAGCAACGGGAGCCAAAACCCAUUGCAGCAGCAACAGCAACAGCAAAAAGCAGCACAGCCUAGGCAUUCAACAGGAACAAUUCCAACAGCUGCUCCGCAACCAAGACAGCAGCCAGCAGCUGCUCCACAACAACCACAUCAGCCAACAUCUAGGAGGUCUGUGAAGCCAAUUCCAACUACACCAGCUGUGGUUUCGACGAGAUGGGAAACUUUUGAUAACUCAUCGGCCGGGUUUGUGCCAUAUCCAUCUACUUCCAAAACCAAUAAUGGCAACACCACCCAAUCUAAUAAGCUAAACUGGGAGUUUUUUGACUAAUAAAACUCUCCAUAGAUGCAAUCAAGAUAUCAGAUAAAUACUGGUUUGUUUGUGUGCGAGUGUGUGUAUUUUUUUUCUUCUGAGUUUGUGUUCAUGUUCAGUGGAUUUGCCUUUGUCCAUUCUUUUCUGUAUUUAUUAGAUUCUUAAAAAAAUAUAUCCAUCCCCUUUACUCUCUAUUCCACUGAUUCAAUCCGUCAGACAAAUAAUCAGGGUUGUGGAAAUUGUUUUCAUUUUUAGUAGAAAUCAUUGCCAAUUUGUUACGAAUUUGUUAUACUCUCUAUGUAUGUAUGUAUAUGUAGACACUGUAAGAGUCCUCCACUGUUAAAACUUUGUUCCUCA